GGCAUUCGCGUCUGCGCGGGCUGGGGGGCCGCGCGCGGGAACCUGCGGAGGCGCCGACCGGACCAGGCGGUUGCUGGGAGGAAGGGGUUCGUUGGAGGCGGCUCUUCCUGGGCCGCUUCGGGCGAGCAGCCGAGGAGCGCGGAGCCUCGGCGGGCCCGACCCAAAAGUCCGUUGUGCCGCGGUCCGCGUGACCGGAGCCGCCCACGCCGACCCGGGUCGUUUCGCCCACGCCUACUCGGCUGACUGAGGCCCACGCUGUCCGGUGCUGACUAGGGCCGCCGCCCCGCUGUCACUCCCGCGCAGGAACGACCUCCCUCCCUGCGGACGCCCGGGCGGGCAGCCGGUUGAGCUGCGUUCGGGAGGCGGAGGCCCGAGGUGCUGGGGAAUCGCGUGGACGCCGGUUGAUGGGGAAUCCAGCGAGGGAGACGGGCCCACAGCGGGAAAUGACAAACUGGCUAUCCCGGAACCUUGAGCCCCACACUGGACCCCAGAAGGGCAGGAGCCAGUGAGAGGACCGCGUCGUACCGGCAACAAGUUCUUGUAGUGACAAAUCAGGGGUGUGACCUCCAUCCACACGUAAGUUUUCUUUUCUCAUUAGCGAAGUUGUUAUAGUAACACCCUCAUCCGUUCUCAGUGACCAUUAAAGGACGUGGUGUACGAAUGUAAAACACUAGGAAAUAGGAGCUUGGAGUGAGUGUUUGGGAGGCUGGACUUGACGUCCCCGAGGGGGUGACAGGACCCCGCAUCAGCGCUCGGCACCCAACGCUGCUUUCUAGGUGGGAGCUCCCGCCCAGCCUGGCUAGUUCUCUCCUGGAGGCUCAGGCCUACACCUUCCUCCUCCCUUAAGAGUGCCUGACUCCUUCCCAACCCUGCCUGGGAUCUUUUAUCUCUUUCAUAAGAUGAUUUUUUUUUUAAGGUUGUUGAAAUUUAAAAAAAUAUUCAGUAUUUAAGUUUGUAAAUCUAAACCCAUCCACUAUUUUAGUAAUGUUGUCCUCUGUUGGAUUUUUGUUUAGUGAAAUAUUUUAAUCGUGCAAAAAAGAAUACAGCUAUAAUAGUUGUACCAUACCCUGAAAAAAGGUAAUAAUAAUUUUUCUUUGUGCUUUUGGACCUUUCUUUAAGGAAAUGUGACAUUUCGCCUACAGUUGAAAUUCUAACUUGCUGCCACCACCCCGCACCCCGUAGAAUUUCUUCCACCUGGCCUGUCUUUCCUCGGCUCACGGGGCUCCCUUGUGCUCCCAGGAGCUUGGCACCAGCUUAGCUUCUCAUUCCAGUCAGCACCAGCUUAGCUUCUCAGAGCCCGUCAUGAGGACUGUGGCCACCAUGUUGGUCCCGUCCUGUCCUCAUGGCAUUUGCUCUCUUACCCUCUUAGGAAACCUGCCUCCUCCUUCACAGACCCUGUGGGUGAGCUGAGGGCCACUGUUCCCUUCCCCAGGGUGCAGCGUCUUUACCCGCUUCUCUAAUUUUUUUUUUGGCUGCACCACGCGGCAUGUGGGAUUUUAGUUCCCCGACCAGGGAUUGAACCCGUGCCCCCUGCAUUGGAAGCUUGGAACCCUUACCACUGGACCGCCAGGAAAGUCCCUUUACCCGCUUCUCUAGGGCAGUCACAGCUGUUCCAUGCUUCCAGAAAAAAGCGGCCUUCCACUAUCAGUUGUACUACAGCUUAUAAAACGAAACCGUUAAAAUUCAUAGUAAUAGCUACCACUGCGGACCAUGUGGGUCUCAGGCUUUUUAACUAAGCACGUGGUGUACACGGCUUCUUUUCAUCCAACACUGCAGUUAUGCACAGCUGGGGAUGGUCCCGUUUAAAGUGAGUGAACUGAGGCCUAGUCAGACCAGCUGUCAGCACCAGUGUGCGCCUAGAAUCAUCUCUCCACCAUGUGUAGCUGUUCUGCCACCACCAGAGGAGGAGGAUAUUCAUUUGUCCGGCAGGAUGGGCAAUGGCAUUCACACAGGGUCUCUUUCACCUUCCUGCCCCACAGCCCGGCUCCCCCAGGUACAGGAAGCACCUGGGUGGAGGCCUUCCUCAGCGGGGCCAGAGAUGGCGUCCGUGGACUUCAAGACCUAUGUGGACCAGGCCUGCCGUGCCGCUGAGGAGUUCGUGAACGUGUACUACACCACCAUGGACAAGAGGCGGCGGCUGCUGUCCCGCCUGUACAUGGGCACGGCCACCUUGGUGUGGAACGGCAACGCCGUUUCGGGACAAGAGUCCUUGAGUGAGUUUUUUGAGAUGCUGCCUUCCAGUGAGUUCCAAAUCAACGUGGUAGACUGCCAGCCCGUUCACGAUGAAGCCACCCCGAGCCAGACCACAGUCCUCGUGGUGAUCUGUGGGACAGUGAAGUUUGAGGGCAACAAACAGCGGGACUUCAACCAGAACUUCAUCCUGACAGCCCAGGCCUCGCCCAGCAACACGGUGUGGAAGAUUGCCAGUGACUGCUUCCGGUUCCAGGACUGGGCCUGCUAGUGGCGUGGGGAGACACCCCCAGACUGAACCCUGCGCUCCCUCGAGUCCCAGGGGCGCUUUUCUCGGCGUACACUUGUUUGUCAUAGCUGCCUUUUCAAAGUAGUAAAAUUCUCUAUUUUUCUACUUGCCCGGUAGAGACCCGGUCUCUAGAAAUUCUGACGAAUAAAAUGAUGAUAUGAACGUU